AUGGAUAAAAGUGUACCACCGGAUCUUCACAAAUGGCUAAGAAAAUGCCUAAAGAAGGAGUUCGGAAAAAUUAUACAAAGCGCUUUAGACAAGGAGCAAGUGCCCAGCGAUAUCGCCUACAAGCUCUCACAUUCGAAGGAUAUGACUGCUUUGUUGAAUUCUAUGAAGAAGGUAAUCGCCGAGCAAUAUGUGGUGGUAAAACCUUCAUCCGCGGCAUCGCAAUCGCAAUCGUCACAUUCCUUCGCCAGCGAUAUCGCAGUAGACGACUGGACUUCUCCGCAAGGGAAUACGGAAGAAUACAACUGUAUUAUCGACAAAAUUAGUCGUGACAAGCCAGUCCAUGUGAGAUUGGCUGGCUAUGAAAUUUUAUUAAAGAUCGAAUUAUCCAACAUAAAUAAUUGUUCUCAGUGGGAUGUUUUUCAAAAGACGUUGCUGGAUGGUCUCACAGAUGAUAGCAGAGCUAUAUUCGAUGCCAGCAUGCAGGUACAUGCAAGGUUACUGAAUUGCUCGCAAUUAAACCAUACUUACAGCAAUUUAUUGAACGCAUUCAAUGCGCAAUAUCAUUCGCAGAAAUUGCGCGAGACUCUGCCCACUCUAAUCUCUGGAAUUAAUUUCAAAUUUUUCCUGCAUGAGAAACUAUUUUACAUAAUGCAUCUGAUAGUUCGCUAUCAAGAGGAAAUGUUGAAAAAUACUAGACACAGCGACAAGACUGUGGAAGAAGUUAUAGAGCAAUUUAUAGUAUUUCUCAGUACACAUAGCUUUGGCAACUUGUUGCAACCUAAAACUUUAAAUAUGCUAAAUAUUAUCUCGGUAUUAGAGCCGCAGGCCAAAUGGAGCAAAAGGUGGCUCCAUAGUCUCUCUAUCAGGAGAACUUUCAUCACUAUUCUAGCAAAGUCUCCAGCGUUUUUGCAAAAUGUUAUUGAAUGCGUUAAGAGCGGUGUGGCAGAAACACCUUGUUCCUUGUCCAUCUCUAUCAUGGAUGAAAAUAAUGAGCUAUGUAUCCCUGGCAAUACAAUAGAAACCGCAACUUAUCUGCAUUGUUUGACCUUUGUCUCGCAGCUCUGCAGCUAUGAGGCGGGUAGAAAGUUGCUCGCGGAGAGUUCAUUAAAAACGCCAUUUGAUGUGGCUGAUUUCUUAAUAGAAUUAUUGAACUCUUUAAAUAAGUUAGCAGCAGACGCUCCGAGUGGAGUAUACAAUACUUCCUGUAACGCUCUUCAAAAUAUGCUCGAUGUUUCGGAUGUUCUAUACAACAUUGACUUUUACCAUGCCACAUUAUGUCGCUUGGCAUCUCUUUCUGAAAACAAUAUAAAGAUUUGGCCACAUACAUUAAACAUUAUUUCUCAUAUGAUAGAUACGGUAGAUGGUCCGGCAUUUUUGACUACAAAUUGUAAAAAGCAUUCAACAAAUUCUGAAAAUACCUCAAAGUGCCCAGUUGCAAUCAUAAUGCAAUGUAUGUCGAAUUCAUUGAAACAGCCGUUUUCUAUAAUGGAUAUAAAAUGUAUCCUAAGUUCGUUUAAUCUAAUAGAAAAAUUAUUCGAUAUUUAUGACGUUUACGAGGCCGCGCAAGAACAGAUUGAGACGCAGUUCUAUCCAGCCGUUGCUAACUUUUACAAAAGAAUAAACAAAUGCAGUGUUGAAAAUGAAAAUAAAGUUCAACAAUUCGAUAGUGCUGUCAAAAAAGUUUUAUUAAAAAUGGUAUCAAUACCACUCGGAUUGCAAGCGCUCGUCAAUGAGAAGUUAGUAUUCGAAGAAUUGAUUCGAGGAUUAAUCGCUCCUUUAAGAGUAAUCUGGAGUUCUACUGACAUAGUCAGCUUCAUUUCAUCAGCUGGUUAUUUUGAUCUGGGCUACAAUGUGCUCGCAAAUCUCGGAUCCCAUGUUCUGUCAACUUUGUUGUCGCAAACCUGUACAAACGCAAAGGAUCCCAGAUUUUUUCAUGAUCCUUGGGACAGAGAAAAUAUUGACGAAUUUCUACAUAUUCUCACAUUAUUUUCCCUUAAUUUUAAUUGUUUUGCUGCGUUUAUGGUCAAUGAUAGCGAAUCAGAUAAUGACGAGGAAAAGGAUUAUCCUUCAAAUUUGUUUGAAUUACUGCAGGCUGCAGUAGACGAGGAUUCAAUUUAUCAUUAUUUAGCUCUUCUAUCGUUGAAUACUGUAAUUUGGAAUCUAGACGUUUGUGCUUAUUUAUCAAAUUUGUUAAAUUUCCAGGAAGCGCUAUUAGAUAUUCAGAAAGGUAACACAAUUUUCCUUGAAGUUCGCAAAGAACAAAGCGACGAUGAAACAUAUUAUAAGACAGAGGACGAUAUUGAUGAUGGUGAUAAGCCAGAACUGCGAAAAGAAUACAUAAUUGAUGAAUGCAGUUUCGUACGACAUGAUAUUUUAUUAAAAUCAUAUUACAUGACAUAUAAAAGAAAACAGUAUGUGAUACCAUUUGAGGAAUAUGAGCUUUUUUCGGAGUUUCCACCUCCCCGAAUAUACGCAGAUAUGAUGGAUUACCGAGAAAUGGAAUGCGAUUCAGAGCUGAAUGAUAUGCUGCAGGAGGAAAGGCCCGGAUUGCUAGAUAUCAGUUGGGUUUCACAAGUUAGAGCGGCUCAUAAAGCCUCGCGAUGUCCAAUUAAGAAUUCCAUGAUGACGAAUUUGUUAAAUCAAAUGCACAAAGCUAUUCCAACUGCGGAAUGGGUAGAGCAGUUUGAAUGGCAGGAGAAUAUAACAUACGAUACAGAUUAUUGGCUUCCGGAAGAUAUACAUGCUAUUAAUAUUGUUUUGAAUUACGCUGAACAACGAGAGAUUUUAAAGAACAAUAACGAUAGUCAGAAGAAUUUGAAGCAAUUCAUUCAUUCUGCCUACAUAUUUAUACAAUACAGUAAACCGAACAGAUUCGAGGGUUUUGAUUGGUUCUUGGCAACAGUGUUUAUUAUCUGUGAUGGAGAUGUGGAUAAAUGCAAGACUUUUAUCAUGCAAGUAAUUCAAUUUCCAUCAACAUUGCUUCUCUGGCCGAAAUUGGGCAAAGUCAUCGAUGAAAAAAAUAACGAAGGCACUAGUUCGCAGUUUACUUUUAUGCAAGUUUUAGAAACUAUGGUUAACAUCGAGCUUCCAAAUAUUAAAUAUGGAUUAAAGGAUGUCUUCGGUGUCAAUUGGUGGAUGAUAUUCAAUAGAAUGUUGUCGCAAUGCUUCUGGGGAAUCCUUCCAUGGAGCGAAAUCGUUCAUUUUGUUGCAAUAUGUAUUUUGUACCCAUCCGAUUAUAUGGUGUAUUAUUCUGUAUCACUCUUGCAAUUCUGCCAGGAAGAGCUGCUGCAGGAUUUAACGAACAAAAAAAUGUGGCCGGAGUGCAUGGUAUUGGACGAGUAUCGCUGUCAUAAUUAUAUUACGUAUAUGGAUAAUUUAGGUCAACGAUAUAGAAAUCGGAUUUUACCAGCAAUGACUAAAAAUUUAAAUUCGGAAGAUGAAAUAUAAACAUAUAUAUCUCACGAACUUAUUAAUUUAAA